AUGAAAUGGAUGACGGAGGGUCUUCAUAUGAGACGAGCAGCGGCGUCCAGGCCCCAUGCGGCCUGGGUUGCCGCAGCCGGGGGGGACUCCAUCGGUCCUCUGGGCCGGCCGCGCCUGCAGCAGCGGCCGCGGCAUGCGCCCCAAACGCCGCUGCAAGGCGGAGAGGCCCCACCCAGCAUCAGUGGCGGUGAUGCAACAGCUAUAGGCGCGUGGCCGCCUGCGAUCCUGACGGCGAAGCAGGCGGUUGAUGCAGCGCUGCCGCGGCCGCCGCAGCAGCAGAGUGGAGACCGCACCACUGCCAGCGGACGAGGCGGGGGCCCGCCUGCCUGGCUUACAGGCGGGGGCGCCCAGCCGCGCGCUGGGCGAGCUCGGAGGAAAACUCCUGAGGCGCACAGGUGGGAGGCCGUCGUCGUGGGCCCCGCCAACGAGGCGUCCCGCACGGCAAACUACCUGAUCGGUGUGCUGCGCCACGCCAGUGCGGCCCACGAGCGGUGGCUGGCGCACCGGAGGGGGCGGCAGCAGCAGCAGCAGCAGCAGCAGCAGCAGCAGCAGCAGCAGCAGCAGCAGCAGCAAGCGGAGCAGGCGGAGGGGCGAUCACCAGCGGGCGGCCAGGAACAGGGGCUGGCGGCUGAUGACGACGCCGGCGGCUACAUGCAGCCAGAGGAGGCCGACGCCGGAUGGCAGCAGCUGCAGGAUGAGGGGCCGCCCGCGUGGCAGCUGCCGGCCCCGCUGCGCGGCCGCAGGCCCCUGCGCCGCCGCGCCCCCUCCCUUGAUGGCGCCGGCGCGCCCGCGCCCCCUCGCGUCGUGUUGCUCGCCGCGACGCCGGCCGCGCACGCGCGCGCCGCGGCGCUGCUGGCGGUCGCGGCGGCGCAGCUUGAGCGCAAGCACGGCUGCACCCUGGCCUUCCAGCCCCUCCUCGAUUUCGACGAAAGCGCCUUGAUGCACGUUUUCACAUGGCUGGUGCGGCUGCCCCAAGGAGAGCAGCAGGCGUCGGGAUCACACGAGCCCCGGGCGGCCGGUGCCCGUGGUUCUUCGGGUGACACCAGCGGCGGCGAUAGCCAAGGCGUUGCGGCGGCCGCCGCCGGCGGCGAUCGCGGCGGCGACGGCGGCGGCGAUGGCGGCGGCGGGGGCGACGCUGGCGGCCGCGGCGCGGGGCACCCAUUUGCGGGCCUGCCGGUGAGCCGCGUCCUGUACAGCAGCCGGGCCCUUGACCCCCAAAAGCUCGGCAAGGCUGUCGCCGGGGACGUCUCGCAGCACGGCGCCGCGCGCGUCCUCAGCGCCGGCGGGCCCGCCGCGGCCAACGCGCUCGCGGCGCUGUCGGCGGCGCGGCGCCAGAUCAUGCGGUCGAGCUCAGGCGCGUGCGAUCUGGCAGCCCAUGUGGUGAAGCGCUUGGAUCGAGGCGGCCCGUCCGGGCCCAGCCGGGUGUAUGUGUAUGACUUUACAUGCGUAGGCUGCGUGGGGCCCGCCGCGUGGAAGGCCGACACGCGGGCGGCGGCAGACGGGGAGGCGGCGGCUGGUGGCGGCGGCCUAGAGGGAGGCGGCGGCGGAGGCAGCGGCGCUGGCGACGGGGAGCCCGAGCCUGGAGGGGCGGGUGGUUGA